GAACCUUUCGUAAAAACCUUGAUGGACCCAAAGAGAACAAGACCGAUUCUGACAGACUUGAUGAUCCACUACUCUGGGGAAGUAUUCCUUUCAAGUGUUUUCUCAGCCUUCAUAGAGUCCGUUGGACGCUUGGUGCUCAGGAAAUAUGUUUUACUACUCCUGCACUUUCAAGAUUCUUUUCUCUGGGCCAAGUUAUACCGACCGUUCGUGGCGCCGGAAUUUAUCAGCCUGCCAUGAACUUUGCUCUAGAUAGGUUAAAUGAAGGAAAGUGG